CUCCUCUCUGCUCCCACAGGCUGCGACUCGGGCUUUGGACAAGCCACAGCCCAGCAUUUGGAUGCCAUGGGCUUCCGGGUGUUCGCCAGCGUGCUGGACCCCCAGGGGGCCGGUGCCCAGGAGCUGCUCAGGAGCUGCUCCCCGAGGCUGACGCUGCUACAGAUGGACCUGACCAAGCCUGAGGACAUCCAGCGUGUCCUGCAGCACAUCCAGGCCCACACCAACAGCACAGGGCUCUGGGGGCUGGUGAACAACGCCGGCUUCAACGACACCAUCGCCGACGCCGAGCUCUCGCCGCUGGGCAAGUUUCGGGCCUGCAUGGAGGUGAACUUCUUCGGCUCGUUGGAGCUCACCAAGGGGCUGCUGCCCCUGCUCCGCUCCGCCGGCGGCCGCAUCGUCACUGUCAGCAGCCCCGCAGGUGACCUGCCCUUCCCCUGCCUGGCAGCCUACGGGGCCUCCAAGGCAGCCCUCAGCCUGCUCAUGGACACCUUCCGCAGCGAGCUCCAGCCCUGGGGUGUCAAAGUCAGCCUCAUCCUGCCCGGUUACUACAAAACAGGGACGACGUGCGACCCUGCCUUCUGGAACCUGCAGAAGCAACGGCUGGUGGCCAGCCUGCCCCAGGAGCUGCUGCAGGCCUACGGCGAGGACUACGUGGAGGAGAUCAACCGCCAGUUCAUCCAGUUCAUGAAGGUGGCGGUGGAGGACCUCAGCGCGGUGGUGAACAGCAUCACGGACGGGCUCCUGGCUGCCAACCCAGCCGUGCGCUACUACCCGGGGCAGGGCCUCGGGCUGAUGUAUUUCAUACACCGCUACCUGCCCUAUUUCGUCCGAGACUUGUUCUUGAAAGGGUUCUUCAUCAACCCCAAGCUGCCCCGAGCCCUGCGGCGAGAGCACCACGACCACGCCAAGAAGGCCUGACCCAGGUCCGCCUGCGGUCGCGGGGCAGGAGCCAGCCUUCUCCCGGGACCCCCGGGGACACCGGCCCCCGAGCGCGUGCGCAGCCGUCGGCGUCGCCCUCCUGCACCGCGGGGGAACCGUGGGCACCAGCCGGCACACACCAAAU